AUGGUUGUUGUUGUUAUGGUGAUGGCGGGUGAAUUAAUUGAAAAUUUUGAAGUGGAAAAUAAUUAUUUGAGUGAAUUACCAUUUUCUGAAUCUCAAUUCAUUGAUUUUGAAGUGAUCAACAAAGAAUUGAAUGAAACCAACCAAUUGUUUGACUAUUUUAUUAAAAAUGAUGAAAUGCCUUAUACAAUACAAAAUGAACAAAUAAAAACUAAAGAAGAUUUAAAAAUUAUCAAGGGUAAAAAUUAUAUCAAACUACUGGACAUGAUAUUGAAUAGUAAAUUAAAACAAGAAAAAGAAAUUAAAGAAAAUACCCGAAUUUUACACAAACAAAUUGAAGAUGAAUUGAAUAAUUUAAUAAAUUCAAAUAAAAAAUUGAACAGAAAAUUUAAAACAUUUAAACAAAUCAAUCAAACAGAAAAUAAAAAACAAAAUUCAAAUCAGAUUGUACCAGUAGAUACUUAUGACAAUUUCACUGCUCUUUCAGAUGAAAUUUGUCGAAAUAUUGAAAAGUUUUUACAAUUAAAUGAUAAUUCAUUAUCACAAAAUAACAAUAUGGUAAUGAACGAAAACAACAAUGAUUACUAUCAAAACAACGUUCAAACAAACGAUUUGGAAGAAGAGACAACCUCCGAAUCCAUCUUUAAAACGGAGUACAUCAAAGAAUGUAAAACGAAUGAGGAAAAAGAAAGAGAAGACAGAAUAAAAAAAUUACUUGACCAAGAAAUAGAAGUUGAUUCAAGUACAUAUUUGCAAAACAAUCAAUGUAAUCAAUUCAAGAAUCAAAAUGCUUCAUUUAAUUCAUUCAACGGUAAAUCAAUGCAAAAUAAGAAGAAUUUCAUAAAACGCAACAUGGAGCUCGCGCCGCGUUGGAAGGAUGUAAUUCCAAUGACAAAUGAAGAAAAAGAACGACUAGAAGAAAUUCUAGCUGAAGAGAAAGAAACAAUGCAAAUUAUCGAACAGAACGAUAUGCUGCAAAAUGAACUUAAUACUGCCAUACACAACGAAUCUAGUGACUCACUUCAUAAUGAACGUUUUCUAUCGAUAGACAGUAUACGCAGUAAAUUAUGGUUAUGUUUAAAUAGAACCAGGAGAAAUGGUUCAUGUUCAGAUAUGGCAGUAUCAAAUAAUGAUGAUGACCAGAAUCCUUCAAACAAUCAACCUAAUUCAGUUAAUCAGAUAAUAUUGAAAGGAAAUUGCCAACAGUUAGAUAAUCAAAUGCUAGGAAUGUUAUAUCGUCUAAAUGAAAUUGAUGAACAGCUUGAAAAAUUUCAAAUUCAAAGGAAAAUAGACAGUGAAAAUGUAUCAGAAAUACUAUCCUCUUUAAGAUCAACUGAAGAAGAAGAAAACAAGAUCCUGAACGAUCAAAUACGCCCAAGAGAAUGUGCACUCAGUACAUACCAAGAAAGUCGCGAAUUAAAAGAACGCCUCAAUGAAAUUGAAACUCGACUAGCGGAAAUUCAAAAAAUUAGUUUUGAAGAGCUAAAUGCAAUUUUGUUUGUAAUUUGUUACACUAAAUUAUGGAGAAAUUCAUCUAAUAAUAUUGGACAAUUAAAUAUUGAUUUGAAUGAAAUAACACCGAAUAAUUAAUAAUCAUUAUUAAUUGUACCUCAGAUACACAGUUCUGUUCAGGUUUUCAUUGAACUAAAAUAAAGUCAAUAGAUUGGUUAUUCACGUGAUAUAUUCUUCUUAAACGGCAUUUUAAAUUCUUACUCACUUACUUACGCAUGUUACCCCUCGUGGAAACGUUUUUAUCAGAAGGGGUUUUGUGGAUAUUAUAGUAAUUUUAAUAGUUGAGAUCA